AUGAGUGAUGAUUAUGUUAAUCGAGCCGUCGACAUCAAGCAGUACGUUGAGGACAGAGCUGUCCAAGUUGCUCAACUCCUUGAGAUGGUCAACAACUCUCGACUCGUCAGUGGAGAAGUCACGAAAGGUCCCAGAACUGCGGCUCAACGAUUACCCAGGCAUAUGAGAAGGAGAGCUAUGGCUUACGAAAUCCGGCGUUUCCCUAAAGGUCUCCGAUCGUUUGCCUCAGCUCAUGUGAAGCUUUCCAAGCAUAGAAAGAAACCCCCUAGUAGGUUUUUUCGUAGAAGGCCCACUAAUCUCUUACAAAAUUAUAUAAGAAGAAACAGAUCUAAAACAUGGCUAGAAACCCAUAUAUGGCAUGCGAAACGAUUCUAUAUGAUAGACAGAUGGGGUUAUCGUUUACCUGAUAGAAGUUUCCAACGCAACUUUAGGCCAUGUUAUAGAGAUGCAAUAAGACAUUGCUCUAUUCGAGACAAAAGUUUUUUGAAUUGCAUGACUAUAUCACAUUCAUCCCAAGAAGAGCUGAUGAACUUACUGAAACCCUUGUUUGAUAAUCGUGCAAGUCUAACUGUUGCUGCGAAAGCUGCAUUGAAUUGUCAAACUGAGAUCUCUUCCAUGUUGUAUGAACCCAACAAGUACCCACAAGGUUUCAUUGGACCCUGUCGUUUACAAUGGGUGCAAGCUGGCGAAACCGCAACAUUGGUUCUUUGGGUUCACCCACUUUGCAGUGAUCAACUUAUAAACCAUUUAACAUCCUUAUUAGGGCUUUCUAAAGUUGAAACGAACGAGGAGCCUGUGGACCUUGCCUCUAUCACGACUAAAGAAGAUUGGAGACUCAAAAUUAUGAAGUUCCAAACAGUAACAUAUCGAAAUGAGGAGAAGGGAAUAGUACUGAAUGAUUUGAAAGAUCAGAUGGUUAGACUACGUUUAUACGGUCCCUAUGCUUUGCCUGUCUUAUCUCAGACGCUUAAGCUAGUUGAUAUCCCUUAUUCUACUGGUUAUGAAGAAAACCAUAACCAAUGGCGCUCCUAUUUUUCUAACAUGAAAUGCGGAGAGCUUAAAGAUGGAGCAGUUUUCACGCUACUUGUUGAAGAUCCGAGAACCGCUCGACCACAAAAAAGAACUGUGCCUGAAGAACAUCUGCUUGAAUCUCUAAAACCUGCAGAAGUUUCUAAACCCAAUCCAGGUUUAUGGUCGUUGGAUGGACGAAUUGAAGUUUUAGAGAAAAGGCUGACUGAUUCGGAGAUGAAACAGCUCAACGGCAAAACUGUCGGGAACACUCCGGAGACACCGGCGAAAAUUCCUGUGCAGAUUGUGAUUCGAAAUACUGGUUCUGGAUUCAGUGACACUCUGACAGGCUGUGAGCUGAUAACUCCUUCUGGAUUUGGUCUCGAUUUUUGGGUAACUGCGCAGUACUUCACUGCACAUGCCUCAGGAAAUCGUGAUGACGAAGCUGCUCAUUUGGAAUCUAAAAGACUCUCUUUCCCAGCCGAUUCUUUCGAUUGCAAAGCGGGAUUUGAAGACUUGAAAAGGAUUCUCAAAGAAUCUGAGGAAAAAUACUUCAAAAGGCCUCAUAAUCGAAGAGUUGAUUAUUGGGAGAAGCUUUCUGUCAAGUUUCCCUUUUCGUACUCAUUCGAAGAACUUACCAAAGAAUGGCUAGCGGAAAAGAAGAAAGAUAAGAAAGAUCAGGAACCGUAUGUUUUGCGUGAUCGCAGGAUUUUGAGAUCUCUUGAGCAAUCUGUACUGAAAGGAAACAAAGUACCAGACGAUGUUACUUCUGAACACGUUAAUUCCUUAGUCCCAGUUCGAUUGGAGUGCAUAGCUCGAGGAAAACCCAAGAAGUUUGGUUUGAUAUGUCUGCCACGUAAAGAGGACAUGGAAAAAGUGAGACGAAGGCAUACAAUUGGUCCUGUUAUAGUGGUGCAGCCAGCAAGGCACACAGAAACAGAAGAAGUCUCAAACGGAGAUGAAGCUAUGGAAUGUGCACCGUCUGAGGUCGAUGUCAAAGAGAGUAAGAAGAAAUGGCAAGAUGACAUGUGGAAAGGAGUAGUUUCUACGGAUCCAUCGACACGAGAGAAACCAAUCAAUAUGAAGAUGCUAUUCCCAGAUAAAAUAAUUGUUGAUAGGAGGGUCAAGAGAAGACUGUUGAACAAGAAAAAGAAGGAUUGUGCAAAAAGAAGGAAGGUUGAGAGGUUAUCGCGUCUGAAACGAUUGGAAGAAGAGCGUUUAUCAAAAGAAUCGGUUACGUAUAAGGACUCUGCGAACAGGUUAACAAUCGGUCGAAUAGUCAGAGGAGAUUAUUCGUUCGCCUCAUCUCAUGGAUAUGCCUUGGGUUAUGUUCCUCUGGCAGUGUUACAAGAUGUAGUAGAUGUAAAUAAUGUUGUGCUGUUAAGGAAUUCUACCUCGAAAUACUAUCAUCCAGCGAAGUUGUCAAUACUGACCGAUAUGUGCGAAUUGUAA